CAAUUUUAUGUUGGUAUACCUGUAACAACUAGCGUUGUUGAUGUUGCCAAAAAGUAUUUUCUUAAAAUUAAAAUUAAAACAAUCUUGAAAACUAAAUCUAUACAAUAUUGUGGCUAUUUCUUAUUCGUAUUCGAUUCAGCGAUUUUCACAGCACGUUCAUUAUGAAAAGAAGAUCUGGUAAUUGGAACAAGUCAAAUACUUCGCAGGGAUCGGGUACCGACGCUGAAGAAUCAAAUAGUUUUACCAGUGAAGACGAUAACCAAGAGAACGGUGAUGACUCUUCGGUAGACCUAGAGCCGAAAGAGAAACGAAGGAGAACUAAAGGCAAAAAGGACAGUUCUCCAGAGAAGAAAUCAAUUGCUCCCAAGAAAAGGCCAACGAAAGGAAGGAAAACCAAGGAAUCUGAACCUGAAAAUGGUAAAAAUGACAACAAAGAUGUCAGCGAAGAAGACAAUGAAGAAGAAGUUACUAAAAAAAAUGUUGAGAAGAAGUCAGGAAGGGGUCGUAAAUCGAAGGAGAAGCAAGCUCCUAAACAAGAUUCAGAAGAUAAAAAUGAAGAGGAAGAGGAUAGUGGACUGAAUGAUGAAGAGGAAGAGUAUGAGGUGGAAUCGGUAGUUGACGAAAAAACAAUCAAGGGUAUUCGCUAUUAUCUCAUUAGAUGGAAGGGCUAUGGCGAAGAAAGUGACACUUGGGAACCUGCUUCAACACUCAAUUGCCCGGAAGCGCUUCAAGAAUAUAGAAAGAAAAAAUCCAACACUAAAAGUCCUGGCGAUAAAUCUAAAAAAGUUGCUGCAAACAAGGUCAAAAAAACACUUGAACCCCAGGAAUGGGAUGAAAAUGAAGAUUUUGAAGUUGUUCGAAUUCUUGACGUUCACUUCAAAAGAGAUGGAAAACGGGAAUUCCUGGUUGCCUGGAAAGGAUUUUCUCAGAAAUAUGACAGUUGGGAACCUGAAGAGAAUAUGAAUUGCAAGGACCUGAUUGAAAAAUUUUUGAAAAAAUGUAAUCAGGCUAAAGAAGCAAACCCAAAGGAAUUGAGGGUUAUGAGGAAAACAACCGAUCGGUUCACAUUGUCCACAAAUGAUACUGGCAGAAGACUGAGUAAAAGGAAUCAAGGAAAGCAGAGGGUCCAUUACCAUGAUGCUGAGUGAGAUACAGAAUCACUUGUAGUACAUAAAAGUACUUCAAUCCAUUUCAUAGUAAUAAGUAAAUGUUAUAUAAGGUAUAAAUACACAAGAUUAUAUAUCAUGGGGAAUAAAGAAUUCUCAAGUACAAAAAUUGAAUGUAAAUCUUUAUCAUUGUGUUAAUUGUAAAGAAAAUAUUUAUAUUUAUUAUAGAGGGUUAUAUUUUCAUGUCGCCCGGAGUUAUUUCACGAUGUAGCAUAAGAUAAGGGUUGGUUUUUGCUGACCAGUAACUUAUUCCCUUAUCCCUAACUCUGGAAGUAAACUUGAAAUUUGCAGGAUUUUGGAUGUUGAACUUAGGGAAUAAGUUACGGGCCAGCAUAAACUAACCCUGAGUGAGUAUACAUUUAUGUUGAAAAAAAAGUAUUGGAUUAUCUUUUUAAGUUGAAUUUUUUGAAUAUUUUAUUGUCCAUGUUCAAGUUCAAAUGUUGAUAUUGGUGAGACUGAAUUUUCUGAAUAUAUUCUGAUUUGUUCUUGAUUCGCUUUUUGGUUGCAUACUAGGUUGUUUGAAAUUUCUACAUAUUGUGGCGCAGGGUUGAGGUUUUUCAUAUUCAUUCCACUUUCUUCAUCCCAAGCAUUUGUGGGCCUGAUGUAAUCAGGCUGUUUUUUAUAGGGUCUGUUUUCUGACAGUAAAGUGAGGGACGUUUUCCUGAGCAUGUGAAAAUUUUUUCUUGAUAAUAGUUGGACUGUAAAGAAGAUUAGGUACAAUUGCAGCUUUUGUUAUUCACGUAUCUUUUUCAAAAAUAUAUGCAGUCUUUGGUGAUAUGUGGGAAACGGUGUUUUCUUCAGAGAAUCUGUAAAUAUAAAGAAGUUUCCAUAAUUCAAUAUGUAGAUAUUUUAUUAUUCAUGUGCUAUUAUUACCACAGUUAUCAAAACCUGGAAUAUAAUCUUGUGUGAGCUAGUUCUUUGAUGUGUAUUAUUUCAUCAUUAAAGUUAUAUAUCACAUGAAGUUUAUUUGUAGACCAAUAUUUCUUGUGCAAAAAUACAUUAUAUCUUGAUUUUA